AUGAGAGGAAUUGUGAGUCAGGCUAAGAAGAAGGGUGAGGAGGAACUUGGCAGACCUUUCUCGUUUGGAGAAGUCUUUGUGAGGACACAUACAUCGAAGGAUGGCACGUUUGUUGAUAAAAAAGCGAAGCAAGUGGCUGAUGAGUAUGACAAGAGACUGGCAGAGGCUAUUGAACAGCAGGCAGGAGAUGGAGCAGACGACCAGGACAUUUCUUCUGAAAUUUCCACUCAGCAGACUCUCACGAUUGAAGAGAAGAAUAAUAUUUUCCUUCAAUGUACUGAAUUCGAUCAAAAGGGUAAUCCUUUUGGAAUAGGUGGACUAUCUCAGAAGUUCAACAAAGGGAAGAAGAAGAUAAGCUAUGAAACCUCUCAUGUACCUGAACUAGCAGAGAUGCAAGAAGAGCUUAAAUCUGCUCGUCGUAAGCUAGCUGAGCAUGAUGAGGAGAAUAAGCGACGUGAUGAGGAGCUAAAGGAGCUAAGGCAAAGACAUGCUCGGGUAUCUGAACUGGAGAAGCUUCUCUCGUUUUUGAAGAAGGACAAUCCGCGGAUCACAGCAUACAUGUCUCAACCCCCUGACUUGGACUCAACUCAACAACCGACCAUGGAUUGA